CAAGCCACCCCCAGUCAUCGCACACGAGUUCUAUGAGCAGUUAUCUUGAUUUGGGUCAGUCAAACUCAAUGCAGGGAGUUCUAACCACGGCCCCUCUAAAUGCCGCAUUCUACCCGGAAUUCGGAAGCCACCCAAGUGCUGGAGGUGACGUCGCAUCGAAUUACCCUUGCACUUUUCAUCAGUAUUCGUGGUUAAAAAGCACAAGCCCCGAGUUUUGGUGGAACACUCCAGGAGUUGAAUUUUCUUCGAUAAAAGCCAAACCACCAGAGAGACGUCGAAAGAGAACGGCCUACACGAGAAAGCAGCUGGUAGAACUUGAGAAAGAAUUUCACUUUAACCAUUUCUUAACAAGAGAACGUCGACUUCAGCUGGCAACUUCAUUGAACCUAUCCGAGAGACAAAUCAAGAUCUGGUUUCAGAACAGAAGAAUGAAAUGGAAGAAGCGUGGCUCGACGUCUGUGGAUACAACUGAAGUGGCUCAGUCUCCAGAGGAUCAAAGGAAAAGUGCCUCGACAGAUUCAAUAUUGUCCUCGUCGACAGAAGGAGAGAAUAUUGAAGAGGAUGUUACGGACUGUAUCAAAGAAUCGCCAAAGUCUUAUAACCCAGUUUUUCCUGAGCAAGAGGACUAUAGUUCAGACAAGUUGAUACAUAUGUAGAUCGUUAUUAACAAUUAAAAACAGAUUAAUUUAUUUGCAAAUUCUAAGUAUUUUUUCUUUUGUAUUGUUAAACUUAAAAGGUGUCAUUAUAACAGGGACAUAUAUUCUUAGUGGAUAUCCACGGUCUGCAAAUUCCACAAAUAUUUAUUGCAAAUUCAAGAACACUGUUGUGAAAAUCUAGAACAAAAAUUUGUAGGAAUAUACACUCCCUGCGUUAUAUAUCGAUAGAUAAAACUAAUUUAUAUUUUCUUUUUUUCAUUUUGAAUAAACUGAUUUCUUCCCUGUCUUCCUAUGAUGUAUUUUUUAUCAUUUAUCAUUACUUAAAUUCUUACCUGUCUUUACUUUUAUCAUAGUUAAUAUUUUCUUAUUCGAAUUUUCAUUUUACACUGUAUUCCUGACCAAAAUCUCAAAGAUUUGUGUCAGCUAACAUCCAUAUAUUUUCGUCAAUAUUUUAAUAAAUGUUUGUGUUUUGUUUCGUGAUUUGAUUUCAUCAGUUUUUAGAUUUUGUUUAUAGUUGUGAUCAGUUUAUUCGAUAUUUUGCUCGAAACAUUAAUAAAGAAUUGAAAGAUACGAGAAGCUAUUUAAUUAGCAGUAUUAAUCUUAAAGUCAUGGUAUUUAUCAUAGUUGUUGCACAUAAUCAAGGUUAUUUCUAAGAACCCUGUCGCCAAUAUUUGUUUUGAUUAACUUUAAACCCCCGAUUUUCAUCAUUCAAAGCAAUUUUGUGCGUGUCAAAUUUUAAAACCAACGUCAUUCUAACUUCGCUUACAUUUUUUGUAUUUGAUAAGUGCCAUUAUUUAUUAUCUUUGUAAACUUGAUAAAUACAUCAAAAAUGUAAUUGUAUUAGGUGCUGGAAUAUGAAUCUAAUUAGUAAAUAGACUACUGCGUUUUCUAAGUUUCCACUCGAGUAUUUAUCAGAGUUCAAAGUCGAACUUUCAUUUUCUCCGGAAAAGAAAUAUUGAUCGAGGUUUUGAAUAAUGAGCGAGGCAAAUUAUGUCCGAUUGUCUUUUCCCCGGAAAAUUAAAUAAUUUAGAGCAACGUUGGAGAAAAUACCGCGGUACGUCAGUGCAUAUGCUGACACGUCGGAAGUAGAGUUAGUUGGUGUAUGAUUGGAAUUAGUUGUCGCGGCUCCAUGGGUGCCAUGGGUAGCAUCAUUAAAUCACUUUUGAAUCAAAAAUAAAUAAUAUGCUAUCUUGAGUUCAUGAAAUUAUUAUCUAGAAGCUUGAUUGGGGUAAAAUCGGGCUUCACCCCUUCAAGAUACUAAUCAAUUGAGGGGUAAGUAUUUGGUGUGUCACACAAAGUUGUUAGUGCCUUUGUUCUUAUCUCUGUCUUUUCUAUUGCGACAUGUGGGGUAGAGAAAAAUUCUUUUACCCUGGUGAUAUGUGAUUCUUUAAUUUUAACAGGAUUAGUGACUUUAAAUAUAAUAAAAAUAAAGAUAUCGAGUAAAUAAUACAUUGUAGCCCAUAAAACCCUAAGAGUUAUAUUUGUGUUCGUAAUUGAAGCUAUCAUAAAGUUUUUCAAAAUUCAAUACUGUUGGGCUGUUGAUAAUGCCUUCUGUUAACUUGUUCC